UUAGCGUUGAACUGUUGUUCAUUUCAUUCGCAAAUUUGACGAGCGUAGUAAUACUUUGAAGUGAGAAGACCUACACAUACUGCGUUCAAGCAAGACAAAAGUUUAAUUGCUGCUGCUGAUUCGUUCUUUGACUAGGUUGAGUUUGUAAGUUUUAGAAACUGAAAAUGACUGGCCGUGCACGAGCACGAUCAAGGGGCCGAGCGCGCGGUCAAGAGACCGCGGCACCUGGCGUGACACCCUUUCAGGAGACAGCACGAGAAGCUCCCCCCUCUGAGGGUGAGCUUGUGGGUCGAGGAAGACAGAGAACUGCCCCAGGGGCUGUGUCCUCCGAAGCUGUUAUUCAGAUAUCUGCAGGGUUUCAGCAGGUGAAGAUUGGAGAGAGAGGUGGACGGCGUCGUGACUUUCAUGAUGCAGGAAUCAACACCAGGCAGGCUAUGGAGCAUGUGAGAGAGUCCAAGUCUGGUUUCUCUGGCUCUCCCAUUGAGCUGAAAGCCAACUUCUUCAAGAUCCUGUCCCGCCCUCAGUGGGUGCUGUACCAGUACCAUGUGGACUUCAAGCCCGUCAUGGAGUCACGGCGCCUACGUUCUGCCCUCAUGUAUCAGCAUGAGGAGACACUAGGCAAAGCUCGCACCUUUGAUGGAGCCCUCCUCUUCCUGCCUCACAAACUGCACAACACGGAGACUGUGCUGUACAGUGAGACCAGAAUGGGUGAGAAAGUCCAGAUCACUGUCACUCUGACCAAUGAGCUGCCCCCCACUUCUCCAGUGUGCCUGCAGUUCUACAACAUCAUCUUCAGAAGAGUACUGAGGAUGCUGAACAUGCAGCAGAUUGGACGCCAUUACUACAACCCAACAGACCCACUCAAUAUCCCACAGCACAGGCUGACCAUCUGGCCCGGCUUUACUUCCACCAUCCUGCAGUACGAGUCCAACAUCAUGCUGUGCACGGACGUGAGCCACAAGGUGCUGCGCAGUGAGACGGUGCUCAGCUUCAUGAUGGGCCUCAGGCAGCAGAGUGGAGAUCAGCGCUUCCCAGAGGCCUGCACCAAGGAGCUGGUGGGACUCAUCGUCCUCACCAAGUACAACAACAAAACCUACAGGAUUGAUGACAUUGCGUGGGACCAUACUCCCAACAACACAUUCAAGAGGGGAGACUCUGAGAUUUCUUUCAAAGACUACUACAAGGCACAAUAUGGUCUGGACAUCACCGACGGCAACCAGGUGCUUCUGAUCAGCCAUAUGAAGAAGAUUGGUCCUUCUGGAGGACCGCCCCAAGGGCCAGCCAUGCUUGUCCCAGAGUUCUGCUACCUCACAGGCCUGACUGACAAGAUGCGUGCUGACUUCAACAUCAUGAAAGACCUGUCCACCCACACCAGACUGACCCCAGAGCAGAGGGAGGGGCGGCUCAACCGCUUCGUUGGGAACAUCCACCAGAACACGGAGGCCCAGACAGAGCUGAAUACCUGGGGACUCAACUUUGACAACAAACUCCUGAGCCUCACAGGCAGGGUCCUCCCUUCGGAAAGGAUUGUGCAGGGAUCUAGAACGUAUGAGUACAACCCCUGGCAAGCAGACUGGUCCAAGGAAAUGAGAGGCAUCCCACUGAUCAGUUGCCGACCACUGGAGAACUGGUUAAUGUUCUUCACCCGCAGAAACAAUGAUGUGGCCCAGGCCCUCCUGCAGACCCUCAACAAGGUCUCCACACCCCUGGGCAUCCGCAUGCAGAGGGCCAUCAUGGUGGAGUACGAGGACCGUCAGGAGUCUCUGCUCAGGGCCCUGCAGCAGAAUGUUAAGAAAGAAACCCAGAUGGUGGUGGUGGUCCUGCCCAGCAACAGAAAGGACAAGUACGACAGUGUGAAGAAGUAUCUGUGUGUGGACUGCCCCACACCCAGCCAGUGUGUGGUGGCCCGCACCCUCUGCAAACAACAGGCCCUCAUGACCGUGGCCACCAAGAUCGCCCUGCAGAUUAAUUGCAAGAUGGGAGGAGAGCUGUGGAGCGUGGAGAUCCCACUGAAGCAGCUGAUGAUUGUGGGUAUUGACUGCUACCACGACACGGCUGCUGGCAAGAGAUCAAUUGGAGCUCUGGUGGCCAGUCUUAACCAGGGCAUGUCCAGGUGGUUCUCAAAGUGUGUGCUGCAGAACCGUGGACAGGAGAUCAUGGACGGACUCAAGGUGGCGCUGCAAGGUGCCCUGAAGGCGUGGCUGAAGCACAACAACUGCCUGCCGUCACGUAUCAUUGUGUACAGAGACGGAGUGGGAGACGGGAUGCUGCAGAGUGUGGUCAACUACGAGGUGCCACAGAUCAUGGAGUCCAUCAAGACCAUGGGACACGACUAUGCACCCAAACUAACCUUGGUGGUUGUGAAGAAGCGCAUCAGUUCCAGGUUCUUUGCCCGCAUCGAUGGCAAGCUGACCAACCCUCCCCCUGGAACAUGCAUCGAUACUGAGGUCACCCGCCCAGAAUGGUACGACUUCUUCAUUGUCAGCCAGGCCGUCCGCAUGGGCAGUGUCUCCCCAACCCACUACAAUGUGGUGUACGACAGCAGUGGACUGAAGCCUGACCACAUGCAGCGACUGACCUACAAACUUUGCCACAUGUACUACAACUGGCAGGGAAUCAUCCGAGUGCCUGCACCCUGUCAAUACGCCCACAAAUUGGCCUUCCUGGUGGGCCAAAGCAUCCACAGAGAGCCCAACAUGAACCUGGAUGACUUCCUUUACUACCUGUAAGAGAGCACAAGCUAACUAAAGAGCACAUUGGGGAACUUGGUUUCCUUGAAACUGUUUGAUUUUUGUUCAGGAAAUUGACUGAAUUUACUUAGGGGUAAAGUGGUUAGGAUAUUCCCCAAUUUACAGGAGAGUGAAACCAUUUUUAUUUUUUUUAUACUUCAGCAAUUUGAUUAUCUUCUGUUUUAUGCUGUUUUAUUUGAAAAAAUAUUUGUAGAUGGUCAUUGCAAAGUGUUUUAUUUGUGUGACAUGGUAUGAGACUGUUGAGAAGUUUGCUACCUCAGCUUUUAUUUUGGCUGUACAGUGCAUUUAGAAAGUAUUCAGACCCCUUGACUUUCUCCACAUUGUUACGUUACAGCCAUAUUAAAAAAAUUGAUUAAAUUGCUGUUUUUCUCAACAAUUUACACUCAAUACCUAAUAAUGACCAAGCAAAAAUAUAUAAGUUUUCAGACUCUUUACGGAGUACUUUGUGGAAGCACCUUUGGCAGCGAGUACAACCUCAAGACUUCUUGGGUAUGACGUUACAAGCUUGGCACACCUGUAUUUGGGGAGUUUCUCCCAAUCUCUGCAGAUCCUCUCAAGCUCUGUCAGGUUGGAUGGGGAGCGUUACUGCACAGCUAUUUUCAGGUCUCCAGAGAUGUUCAAGUCUGGGCUCUGGCUGGGCCACUCAAAGACAAUCAGAGACUUGUCCCGAAGCCACACCUGCAUUGUCUUGGCUGUGUGCUUAGGGCUGUUGUCCAUUUGGAAGAUGAACCUUCGCCCUAGUCUGAGGUCCUGAGCGCUCUGGAGCAAGUUUUUAUUGAGGAUCUCUGUUAAUGUUUGCCUCGAUCCUGACUGGUCUCCCAGUCCCUGCCUCUGAAAAACCUCCCCACAGCAUGAUGCUGCCUCCACCAUGCUUCACCGUAGGGAUGGUGCCAGGUUUCCUCCAGACGUGAAGCUUGGCUUUCAGGCCAAAUAGUUAAAUCUUGGUAUCAUCAGACCCAAUAAUGUUAUUUCUCAUGGUCCCCGAGUCCUUUAGGUGUCUUUUGGCAAACUCCAAGCGGCUGCUGCCUUUUACUGAGGAGUGGCUUCCAUCUGGCAUACCAUAAAGACCUAAUUGGUGGAGUGCUGCAGAGAGGGUUGUCCUUCUGGAAGGUUCUCCCAUCUCCACAGAGGAACUCUGGUCACUCUGACAGAGCUCCAUCGGGUUCUUGGUCACCUCUGUGACCAAGGCCCUUCUCCCCUGAUUGCUCAGUUUGGCCGGCCAGCUCUAGGAAGUGUCUUGGUGGUUCCAAACUAAAAGGUCCUUUUUAUAGAGACAGGUGUGUGCCUUUCCGAAUCAUGUCCAAUCAAUUGAAUUUACCACAGGUGGACUCCAAUCAAGUUGUAGAAACAUCUGAAGGAUGAUCAAUGGAAACAAUGCACCUGAGCUCAAUUUCGAGUCUCAUAGCAAAGGGUCUGAAAACGUAUGUAAAGAAGGUAUUUCUGUUUUUUAUUGUUAAUACAUUUGCAAAAAUUUCUAAACCUGUUUUACUUUUGUCAUCAUGGGGUAUUUUGUGUAGAUUGAGGAAAAAUAUUUAAUACAUUUUAGAAUAAGGCUGUAACAUAACAAAAUGUGGAAAAACUUACUUUCCGAACGCACCGUACCUCUUUGUUCAAUAUCACAGUGAACAUUAAGGUUAUUGCCUGGGUUGAAAAAUUAUUGUUUCAACUUUGGCGCAAAGUUGCACUUAUGACAUGUUGUUAAAAAAAAAAAUGCAGUUAAAUCAAUUGAUUAAAAUAAUUGUGGAUCAAGUUUUGUUUAAUUUGAUUACCCUUCAGUAAAAGUUAACUUUGUA